UCGCAAGCACCGACCUUCUUGAGCCAACAUGGUCCUGCGGUCAACCUCGCUCCGCUCCCACUUCAAGCUCACUCAGAGCCCUCUCCUGCGAGCAUAUACCGGACGCACUAAUACAAAUCGACGCUACGCCGUCGUCGGCACGACCACCUUCGUCGGCGAGCCACCCUCCCCGCCGACGCCCCCGUCCUCCGGCGCGUCCACUGCGACACCCUCUGCAGACCUCCCCGCCGGUUUCGAUGCACACGUCCUCUCCGAGCUGCGUCAACGCGCUAGCGCAGGUAGCCUGGUGUCACUACCGCGUCUGAUCGAGCAGUACGUCGACCGCAGCGGGCAUGUGCUGAAGAGCUCGUUGCCGUACGAGUCGCGUCCCGGGGAGGACAGGCGGGUCACGUUUGAUGUGGCGGACACGGAGGGGACGGACGUGCAGGAUUCGGUCGCGAUGAUUGUGCAUGCGGUGCAGCAGGGCGAGGAGCACAAGGUUACGUAUUGCUCAGGCUUUGCACUCGCAGCACCCGGUAUGCCCGACGGGCAGUCCGUCUUUGUGACAUGUGCGCACACGCUAGAGCAGAUCCGCCACAGCCCCCUCCUCCACGCCCCGUCCUCCUCUCCCACCCUCGCGUACUCAGGUUCCUUCGUGAUCACCGGCCCAUCCUCUUCCCCAACCUUCACGCCCGUGUCGUCCAUCCUCUCCUCCGUGCAGCGCUCCGACAUGCUCCUGCUCUCCACCGAUUCUGCUACAGCGCCGCUGCGCACGCUCCCUGUCUCACUGUACCCCGCGCACGCAGGCACCCCCGUGCGCGCGCACUUUGUCCGCGACACGCUCCCCGCACAGGACGAGGAGGGCUGGCGACCGUGGAUCGGAGGGACGUGGAGCAAGUGGGUACGUGGGUCGAUUGUUGGCUACCGGGACCUUGCUGGGCGGGAGGCGAAGCCGGGGACGUACGAUGCACUGUCCCAUUUACUCUUCGACCCGCCGCCAUUACCGGGCUCCAGCGGCGGGCCGAUCAUAGACGAAGAGAGCGGGGCUGUCAUCGGCGUGAUGCUAGGCACGCAGAUGCAGAACCGACUGGAAGGUGUACGCGGAUGGGGCGUGCCGUCCGAGAUAAUAUUUGAGAUGUUCAGCUUGCCGGGACUCAAACUCAAGAAUAGCUCGUAAAAUAGGGGGGUUGUUGCCUAGACUAGUCAUUGUAAUAUAGUGUAGUCACAUCGUAUACGAGCACGGACAUAAUUGUUCUGGCAAGGUUAAUAUAAUGAUACAAUGAGCCGUCCUACAGAUACAACUGGACGCUUCAAUUCGCUAGGUGCGGACGUUGCGAAAUAUUGCAUUAGAUGGAGAAUUCAGUAAGUCAGGCCUGCAUCGUUAUGACGCCUUCCGAGCCACCGUGCUUAUUUGGCGACAGGGACACACCAAACCUUGUGGUACUUCCAACCAGGGACACGGCAGUCCGCACAAAAGUAUGCUUCCUUGCAUACUGAGCACUGCGUAUUGAUCCCGUCCUUCCCGCAGUAGCGGCAGAAGUUGUCCUGCCCCGCCGCGAUCUUAGCCAGCCGCUCCACC